AUUAUAAAUUCUAGUUCCGCAAAUAAACGCAGAGCUCCGUUUCGUAUCAAUUUUCAGUGACAUUCAGUCAGAUAUUGUUGUAAAUGGCAUCGAUUUCUCCUUCUUCAAGCAAUUCAACUUCCACGCCAUAUGUUACUGAUUUGACAAAGGAACUGAGGCUCCACGAAGUCGCCUUAGCCGAGCUUAACAAUCACCCUUCUUCCAGAGCUGUGUAUCGGAAGAAUGGGAACUUAUUUUUUCGCACAACCAUCCAAACAGCAACAACAAUGGAACAGAAGGAACUUGAGUCAGCCAAAUCGAAGCUAAAAGGUCUGAAUUCUUCUUCGUAGUCAUGCAUUAGAAAUUUUGAUGGUUGGGAGAAAUGAAGCAGUUGCAAUUGGAAACUUCAUUAUUAAGAGCUGCAAUAUGUUAGAUUUUCACUCCAAUGAUAUUGUUAUAGUUUUUGUACAAAACAAACAUUGUGUGAAUAUACUAAGACACUUCCAGUCUAUAUA